AUGGCAGCAGCAACGCCCAUCCUCCGCCCUCGCGACCCCAACACGCUGAGCAACUACACCGCGUGGCGCUCUCGCCAUGUCACCGCGAACUUGGAGAUUGACUUCGCCAACAAGCGCCUUGCUGGCAAUGUGGUUCACCAAUUGGUCUCCAAGACCAAGGCUGAGACCAGGGAAAUCAUCCUCGAUACCAGCUUCCUCGAUAUCCUCGGUGUCAAGGUGAAUGGCAAGACUGCGCCGUGGGAACUCCUGCCGCGUUUCGAGCCGUUCGGAAGUGCAUUGAAGAUCCAGCUUGAGAAUGGCGUUGACGAGCAAGUGGCUGUAGAUGUUGAUAUUUCACUUCGCACCACAGAAAAGUGCACUGCGCUUCAGUGGUUGACAGAAGCUCAAACAUCGAACAAGAAACACCCGUAUAUGUUCUCGCAAUGCCAGGCUAUCCAUGCCCGUUCAAUCUUCCCGUGCCAGGAUACACCAGAUGUCAAGACUACCGUUGACUUUAACAUCAAAUCUCCGCUUCCAGUAGUCGCCAGUGGAUUGCCCGUCCGCGAUUCUGCGUUUGGGAGCAACAAUACCUACAAAUUUCAGCAAAAAGUCCCAAUCCCCAGCUAUCUGUUCGCUAUCGCAAGCGGCGAUUUGACCGAAGCAGCUGUUGGCCCAAGAAGCGUGGUUGUCACCAGCCCCGAUAAGAUCGAGGAGUGCAAAUGGGAGCUCGAAGCCGAUACUGAGAAAUUCAUGGAAGCAAUCGAAAAAGUAGUUUACCCAUACGCAUGGGGCGAGUAUAAUGUGCUCAUUCUUCCACCGAGCUUUCCAUACGGAGGAAUGGAGAAUCCUAUCUAUACCUUUGCGACUCCGAGUUUGAUAUCAAAAGACCGAGAAAAUGUAGACGUCAUUGCGCAUGAGUUGGCUCACAGCUGGAGCGGCAAUUUGGUCACAAAUGCGUCUUGGGAGCACUUCUGGCUGAACGAAGGCUGGACUACCUACUUGGAGCGAAGAAUUAUUGCAGCAGUACACGGAGAACCAUACAGACAUUUCUCAGCCAUUAUUGGCUGGGACGGUCUCAAAGAAGCAGUUGAAGAGUUCGGCGAAGAUCACGAAUUCACCAGACUGGUAGUCGACUUGAAAGGAAAAGACCCAGAUGACUGCUUCUCAAAGAUCCCUUACGAAAAGGGAUUCACCUUUCUGUUCUACCUUGAGAACCUGGUGACCAAAGAAGCCUUUGACCGCUUCAUUCCACACUACUUCUCCUUAUUCAAGGAGAAAUCCCUCGACUCCUACGAGUUCAAAGCAGCAAUCCUCGACUUCUUCUCCACCGACGCCGUUGCCUCCAAGCGCCUGAGUGAAGUUGACUGGGAAUCAUGGUUCUACUCACCAGGUCUCCCACCGAAACCCACAUUCGACACCUCGCUCGUCGACAUCGUGUACGAACUAGCCGACAAGUGGAAGGAGUCAGCAUCUGAAUUCACGCCCACGAAAGAGGACGUCAAGGGCCUAACAGCAAACCAAUUCAUCGUCUUCCUCGAGCGAGUCACGUCCUUCGAGGACUCGUCUUUGACCCCAGAAUCAUUCCGACUGAUGGGCCAGGUGUACGGCUUCGCUGAGAGUGCCAAUAUCGAAGUUACGAAUCUGUACUUCAGACUUGGACUGAAAAUCGGCGAUAGGACGGCUAUUGAGCCGACUGUUAAGCUUCUAGGAGAAAUUGGUAGAAUGAAGUUUGUUCGUCCAUUAUUCCGCGCUCUCAAAAAUAUUGACCGUCAGGUUGCGGUGGAAACUUUUGAGAAACACAAGGGUUUCUACCAUCCUAUCUGUCGUGGACUGGUAGAGAAGGAUCUCGCUAAAUAA